GGUGGUGAACAAUUUUUCGGAAUCAGCUAUACAUUUAACUUUCAUUAAAAAUUACCUUGCUUACUGAUAACAAAAACAUGUCGCAAACCGAUCUACAGAAGAGCGUUGAAAUAAUAACCAAAACAGAAGAACUCGCUGACAAAAUCUUAUCAAACAAACAUGAGCUGACUAUUAUGGACAAGCGUCGUCAGGAGACACGCGAGGCACUACGUAUCAUGGAGAAGAGCAACGACGAGAAAGUAUGGAUUACCAUUGGUAGCAUGCUCGUAAAAAUGAAACGUGACAAAGCCGUGCUGCUUCUCAAAAAGGAUCAGCAGCAAAUUGAUCAACAAAUAAAUAUGAUUUACUCAGAUCAAAAAGUGCUUGUAAAUAAGCAUCGGGACAUGGAAUUUAAGUCUCCGUUUUCGGGCACACACCUAAAACCUUUGGCACGUAAUGAAUUUGAUGCACUGAAAGCGAGCCUCCCCAUGCUGUGAUAGCUUAAUCAUUUAGAAAAUUAUAAUAAUAAAAACUGUUUACAAACAUA